AUGUGCAGGAACAUGCGGUGGCUCCUUUUUCCCACCAUCUUCAUCAUCCCUUGUACGCAACAGUUUUUCCACAGCCCACCAGUGAAACCUGGAGAAAAACCUUCCCAAACCAGUGAAAUCCACCAGCGCAAGGAGGUUUGUCACUGGCCAUGCAGAUGCCCGCCGGUGCCGGCCUGCCCUCCUGGGGUAAGCUUGGUGAAGGACGGUUGCGGCUGCUGUAAGGUCUGUGCCAAGCAGUCGGGAGAGACCUGCAACGAAGCAGACAUCUGCGAUCCCCACAAAGGCCUCUACUGUGACUACUCGGCCGACCGGCCUAGGUACGAAACAGGCGUGUGUGCAUAUCUGGUAGCUGUAGGAUGUGAGCUCAAUGGAGUUUAUUAUCUUAACGGGCAGACCUUCCAACCUAACCCACUCUAUAAGUGCCUGUGUGUCAGUGGUGCAAUUGGAUGUACGCCUGUAUUCACCCCAAAACUAGCAGCAAGUCCCUGCGCCAGGGUCACGGGCAGAAAGAAGCCCGGACAAUCCACCUGCGGCCCGGGACAGCACAAGCAGCUUCAAUCAACAAACUACAGACUGAUGUCAGCUUACAGAAGCUUGCCGCUAGUUUUGAAGAACAAGUGCCUGGUACAGGCUACUCCCUGGACACCCUGCUCCAGGACCUGCGGCAUCGGCAUAUCCAGCCGAGUGACCAAUGAAAACAGAAAGUGUGAAAUGAAAAAAGAAAAGAGAUUAUGCUUAAUCCAGCCUUGUCUGACCAAUAUCCCGAAGACAAUAAAGAUUCCAAAAGGAAAAACAUGUCAACCAACAUUCCAGCUCCCUACAGCAGAGAAACUUGUUUUUUCGGGAUGCUCAACUACGCAAAGCUACAAACUGACGUUCUGUGGGGUGUGCUUGGACAAGAGGUGCUGCGUACCUAAUAAGUCCAAAAUGAUCACUGUCCAGUUCGAGUGUCCCAAUGAAGGCUUCUUUAAGUGGAAGAUGAUGUGGAUAACAUCAUGCGUCUGUCAGCGGAUCUGCAGUGCUCCAGGGGAUAUAUUUUCCGAACUCAAAGUUUUAUGACAAAUUACACCAUUGACUGUAACAUACUGAGAGUGCAACAGCACAUUCCCACCCUGGAGAGUCAGCAUAACCCCCUGCCACAGCGAUGUUUAUGGUGAAACUACGUAUGUAAACACUCAUUUUUUAAAUAGCACCUGGAAAAUGCAAGUAAAAGCACAUCUUUUCAAAUGCAAUUAUUUUUA